UGUGAAUUUAUCACGAUAGAGCAGCGCCAAGCCGGACUGCAGUAUCAGGCCGGACCAGUCGCAUGCACGGUCUACCCUAAACCACUCUCAGAUUACCUGUUCCUCUUUCGCGCGAUCCUUUUCGCUCGCUCGUUCCGCACCCCGUUUGUGACAUGUGACAUUUUUUUUACUAGAUUUUACAUUUUACGUUUUUUACUCCCAUUGAUAUCGAUAACGAACCCGGUAUACGGUUGUGCCGUUUUUAGCUCUCGAUCUUUUUUAGCAAAUUUGUAAUAUUUUUUGUCCCUUUUCAAAAUGUGUCGGUCGGAAAGUUUAAGUUCGCAAAGUGCGUCCACUGACAGUAGUGAUCGUGUUUUUGUCAUUGAGACAAGUACAGCUUCGGAUUCUUCUAGCAGUUCUUUAUUAUCCUCGAUCUGUGAACGAUGUUCCAGUAGUUUUAGCAGAAAAAGUUAUUCGUGGAGUAGAGCUAUUAGAAAAUUCAAUCGGUUCGUGGCGCUAGGAGUGUUCUUACUGAGUCUAGUUAGGAUCCCCUCUUGUACGAGCACACCUAUCAUCCGACGAAACACGAACACGAUGGAGAAGCAGAACAACGCGCUGGCGCAAAGGCCCCUGUGGGUGAACCCGUGCGGCUACGGCACCGACGAGACGGACACCGAGCCGGAGCCCUACGCCCAGACCGAGGAAACUCGCAUGCUCCAGAGCAUCAUCCUCACCGCCAAAAACGCCCUCAGUCACGCCAAGCAGUUCAGAGACAAUUACGUCAAAAAGACGUUCAAUGUGGAUUUCGAACCUCAUCAUGACGCAUGGAAGUCGCAUGUUUACUCGUGGCUUCCGACAAAACGUGACAUCCCGAAGACGAUUGGAGAGAAGCUUGAGAUGGGAUACUUGCUUACUCUCGAGCUCGAUUCUACCCUACAAAAUACAUACGUGUAUUUGCAAAAAGUCGCCGUAGGUCUUGAGCAAGUUGUCUGGGAUCAGCAUGAUUCAAAUAGUAUUUUCAAGAAUGAAUUCCAGACUGCCGAAUAUGAGCUCAGAGCGGUUUUAUGCGAAAUCCAAAUUGCUAUGUACGAGCAGAAUAUUCACCAUAUCCCUGAUGUCCAGAGGGACAUUAUGACGGAUGACUUCAGGAAAAUGAUGAACUCCUCUUAUCGAGACCUGAGGGAUUGGUUCAUUUUCCGGGACUACAUGAACGCUUUGGAGUAUGUGACAGAGGUGUUCGAACACUUCAAGCAGAAGAUCGAACUCAACGCAACUGCACCCAGUGCAAAGUAAACACGAUUGGAAUAAAAAUCUCACAACUCUAAUGGUGCAAAAUUUUGGGGCCCCGAACUGCAAAUCCCCGGCAACGGGCCCGAAACAUAGAGAACCCGGCGUUUUUCAAAUUGGUGCUUAAUUUAUUUGUAUGUAGUGUAAAUACGGCCCUUAACUUAUUCCAUCUUAAUUUAUUCGUGUACAAAUUGUAAACUAUUGACAGUAUUUAUUUACUAUAUUAGGAUCGACAUUCGGUGAAUUUAAUUUAACGGUUUGGCAGGGUCUUUCCAAAUGUCAAUGUUUUAGUGUUUUCGUUUUUAAGGUUUUGAUCUUAUCAGACUUAUCUGAGACUUAAUUAGUUUUUUUCUUUUUUAUAUCAGUUCAUAAUCGAGGGUAAAGACUAUCUCGUCACCACGUUGGACGAUAAUACGAACGUAGGAGUCAUGGUGACAACAAUGUGAUGUUUACCCUCACAAGACUGUGCUGGCAUGAUUACUAGCAUUUUUAAUUUUAGUAAAUGAUUACUUCUCUUAAAUAAUAUUAUAAACUAGGGUAAAUGUUCCUGUAAGGCGGAACGAUACACAUCAAUUUGAAAGUUAAAAGUUUUAUUUGAUGUUUAUCGAACGCGAUUUUUAAAAGUAUUACUUACAGAGCGUGAAGAGUCUCAUGAUUUUAAGUUAUCAAACCCAGAUAUUUUAAGUCCAGUCCGCUUCAAAACGACUGAUUAUGCAGACUUUUUUGGUUUGGUAUCAGAUUUUUGUUUUAAUUUUUUUUUUUUUUUAACUUUCACAUCAAUACUCAGGUAGGUUUAUAGAGUAAUUUCAAGCACAAUAUCUGCAAGUAAAUCUUCGAAACUUCAUCUGGCUCUUCUUUUAGUUCUUUUGUACUUUUGAAAAUAUUUUGCAAUUUUACGGUCUCUAGUUGUUUACAUGAGAUAUUGAGUCCGUCGGUCUAAAAUUAUCAGUAAGUCCUGGCCGUAAUUUAACCAUAGUUUCGGCCAGUAAUGAUAUAUACCCGGUAAAAAUCCGGAAUUGUCUAAGAUGUACAAUUUUAUACACACAUACCAUUUUUCAAUUUUUUAUCCGUAACACUUAAUCUAAUCUUUUAAAGCCGUCUUAAAGUUUCGGCGUUUAUUGACGUGACAGCGGGCUAUGUGGCUGUUAAAAAGAGCGAAAUCACAAAAUGUCUGUAUUUAGGUAAAUCAGUUAGGUACAUGAUGAGUGUCGUGUAAUUCAAGGUUAAUUCCUUGGAAAAAAAGACAUCUUCCGGUGCGGAUCGGAGGACUUUUGUAGCUAUUCAAAAAUAACAUAUUAAUGUAUACAGUAAAUCAAAGCAACCCUCGUGAUGAGACACCUCAGAUAAAUGGACGGAUUUCUGCCAAACGAACUACGUGCAUUAAGACAUGAGCCCUGAGACCCGUAAGAAUAUACGCAUAACGAGGCUCACGUCAUAAUGUACAUAGUUCCGUUUGGCAGAAAUACGUCCAAAAACAGCUAAUUGGUGAUUUCCUCCCGAAUUCUAAAUUCAGUAGCCUUUGAAUGUUGUGCACGGCAAACUAUGAAUUUGUAUAAGAGUUAUGAUGAGCAAAAUACUAUAUUUUACCAUAUCACUUUUUGGAGCAUCCAGCAUGCCAAUGCAACUUGAUAGCAGCGCGACCUUAUCCACGUCUGCCGAUACAAGUAUAUGAUUUCAUUCAAUUUUUGCUUGGCAAUAUAAAGCAAGUUGGCGAGUGUCUCUUAUUGUCUUCAAUAUGUUCUUUAAGUAAUAUGUGUUUGUACUUGUCGAAUUAAGAAGUUGAAUAUCAAUGUUUCCUCUUUGUUUUCACGUAUUUCUUGGAUUAUAUCUUGGCACAGCUACUAACUUGAAAGAAAUUUUCAGUCUUAAAUUAAAUGAAAAAUGUUUUUAAAAAAAUACUAAAAGUCGAACAAAAUAAUUUAAUAUUGCUUGUAUUCAGUGCCAACACGUAAUAGAGUGUAUAAUAAUAAGUAAGGCUUCUCUAUGUCCAUGCCAUAUUCAGUAAGUGUAAACAAGAAAUUGCCACCACUCUUGCCAGUACUUAAAGACUGUUUCGAUGGUGCAUGUGAAAAACAUGCUCAGCGCACUGCACAUACCGAAUUCCCAACACAUUUUUUUUUUUUUUGCGAUGCACUGAAACUGUUUUCAAUUCGUAAACUAUUGCUUAUUUUCUAUUAAUCAUCCCAAAUUUUCAUACAGAAAUAUACAUCAGAUUUUUUAAAGGAGAUCAAUAAUAAUAGUAUGAUAAAUCAUAAUAAAAGCAAGAAUUGUUUGAUACGACUUAAGUAUAUCUUCCUAGUUUUGCCAUCGAUUCAGUUUUAAAGUAAAGGUAUACCGAAAUAUGUGAAUACCCUUCUCUUUUUCUUUCAGUGACUUUUUCUCAUUUUUUACAAAAUAAUGUUUUUUUAGGAUUCAAUUUUAUUUUAAGUUGGACUGACACAUAUAUUGUUAUGUUGUUUCUAAAUUAUUUUCAUGACAUUACUAUAAUGUCAUUCUCUUAUCGUCAUUAAAUUAUAAGCAUUAGAAUAUUUUCAUCAACAAUUUGAAUCAAUCUGGUCUGAGAUGAAAUACGCAAUUCAAAGCACUUUCAUUUACGUUAAAAGACGCGCUCGAUCUGCUACGGCUCCAUCUAGCUAAAAAAUAUAGAUACAUGGUUUUUCUAAAAGAAAAAAAAAUCUGAUACAUUUUUUCACUUCAGUUACGGGCAAUUAUUCAGGGCAUUACUGACAACGAAUCUUAAAUGUCAAAAUAUUUUUGUUACUACCUAGGUUAAGUUCAAAUUACGGUGAUGGUAUCUACUAACCUAGGUUCACCCCCUUAACAAGUUUUUUUCUUCCUUUUUAUUUCGUUUCUCCUAAUAUUUACAUGUCCAUUUUAACGUUAAAGAGAAUUGUAUGUGCUCAAUUUUGAAAAUUGUAAAUUGUGCCUCUAUGACUGCAGGGCUGAUCUACUUUCUUUCAACAGACGAAAGAUAAAAAGUAAGAAAAAUGUAAAGCAGAAAACAUUUCUUAUAGUAAGUGCGGAGGUGCUUUAAAAUUCCUCAUUCGCCAAAGUGUGCUUGCAAUAUUACAGACAUUUUUCGACUUUAUCGAUCAAAAUGUGCAUCACCUCUAUUCCCCAGCGAGGGAGCUUGCGUUCUAAAACUAUUUCUUUUUGCCUGAUGAUUCUGAUAACAUUUAACAAUAUCCAACCCGAAUAUUUUUAGUUAUUGUAAAUAAAAACAUUAGUACAUUCAUAAGAGUGUAUUCUUGUACAUGUGUCGUUAGAAAUGCUCUUCUAACGUCUUGGCUGUGAAUGACUUAGUAUUAAGUAUGAUCUGCAAUUGAAGUUUCUGCUAAAUAUGUUGGUGUGAUGUUUGUGAAACACAAUAGUAGUAAGUAGUUAAAUCAAAAUAAUGUACAUGAGAGCAGAUUCAAUUAACUUAAUGUCCUGAUAAUUAUCGAUUAUUUCGAUUAGUUAAUUUUGAAAAUAAAAUCCGUCAGUUUUUGUCUCUGAAACAGUCAAUGAUAGUAACUAAUGAUGUUUUAACAAUGAAGGUAAUCAAAAUCACGUCUAGUACUUAUCUUUUUUUAAUAUUAUUGAUUUUAAUUUUUUCUUAACUGAAUUCAGCAUGUAAUCAAAACAUUGAAAAGGUAAUCAAAAAUCAUUCGAUCUUCGCUAAUUAAAAUUCCGGGAUCGAUCUGUUGAGCUACAUUCACAAUUGGGAACUGCUACUUUGGGCUCAUUCAUAAAGCACCUGAGUACAUGAGGAUACUUAUAGUACACAUGUUUUUUUCUUUAAUGAACCAGAUAUAGUGGUUCCUUUUUGUAUAAUGCAGCUCAGUUGUGAUUCCAAAUUGAGUCAUUGGAACCUCUAGUCUAUUAUUAUGCGAUGUAAUUUCUGGUAUCCAGUAUUGAAGAAAAAAUAAUCAUAUCUUUUUUUAAUUUUUACAUUGUCAAUCUGACUCAAACUUACAAGAACGCUGUUACAGCAGAAUGAUUACAGACAUAUAUUCUGAAAGAUCGAAGUUUUCAUAAUUUCAUCUACGUUGUCUUCUCAGGCCUGUCAAUUAGACUGAGCAAUACCCCAAUUUCACUGAAGAAACGCAUGUGCCGCCUAAUGCAGCUAUAAAUUUUCUUUGAUAUUUUCUACUGAACUCUUUUUUGCACGGAGAUAGCUAACAACGAAAAAUAAAAAUCAUUUAAGAUUCUGCAAUACUGAAUUAAUGCUCUGCUAAAAGCAAAUAAUUCCUUUUACAUGUCAAUGAUUUAGUUAUUUCUCUACUAUAAUAUCAUAUGAUCAGAACUAAAUUACUGCAUAUAUCUCUGACGGCCCAAUCGAAGGCGAGAUUUGACAACAAUGCCUCCUGGGUUACUGUUUCCUACACCUAGACAAGAAGGAUGAAAAUUAAACAGCUACGACUAUUUUUAUACGUAUAACGAAUUUCUAUUUAUUGUGUAAAUAUCUAUUUUUAUACCUUUUGUACAGAAAUUUUCCUAUUGCUGUAAGUUAAUGCAUGUGCAAAGCCAAAGAUAAAAUGUUGUAAUGUUAAUAAUAAAUUGAAAAAAACAUUAUUCCUAACAUAUAUGUUGAAUUUUUUGCAAACCCGGCAGACAAUGCACUCGGAAGUCUUGAAAAGGAAGAAGAAAGAAAGUCUGAGGUUAAUAUCUUAAUUUCGCCUUCGGAAAAAAUUCAAAAACCGUCGCAACCUAGCACGAUACUUUUUAACACAGAAAUUUCAAAAUGCUCGUAAUUUGCAAAUAAAGAACCACCAAGCCUAAAAUUAGUGACCUUUCAGUCAUUUCUAUUCUUCUUCCUCUUCCACACACUCGUACUCCAUAAGGAGCAGAAUUCAAGGAAUGCAAACCCGCGUUAACUUUGCUAUUUAAGAUUAUUUUAUUCAAAAAAUAUGUAAAAAUUACUGUUGUAAAAGUCAUGCUCUUAAAAAUCUAAUGAGUCAGGUAGACAUCUUGAAACGAGUGAAAUAUUAGAAACAAUCUCCAUGGUAUCGAGUAGUAUUAUAUUAUCUGCAAAUUCUAUCAUACAUGUUUUUAUUGGUGUUUUCUUGAUGUUGACUGUGUUGCAAAAAUGUAUGUGUUAUUCGGAAUAUGUCAAUAGAAAAUAAAAUAAAAAAAUCUUCAAUUUAAAACAAAAA